AUGUUGUCUGCAUCCAGAAGAACCGCCGCCAAGGUCCCAAGAUCCGUUCGUGGCCUUGCCACCGCCGGUAUCACCAGGGACUCCAAGGUUAACCAGAACUUGUUGGAGGACUUUUCUUUCAUCCAGUACAAGAAGCACUUGGAGAAUGUCGAGAUUGUCAAGCAGAGAUUGAACAGACCUUUGACUUACGCUGAAAAGUUGUUGUACGGUCACUUGGACAAGCCUCAUGAGCAGGACAUUGAGAGAGGUGUUUCCUACUUGAAGUUGAGACCUGACAGAGUGGCUUGUCAGGAUGCCACCGCCCAGAUGGCUAUUUUGCAGUUCAUGUCUGCUGGUAUGCCUCAGGUUGCCACUCCAUCCACCGUCCACUGUGAUCACUUGAUUCAGGCCCAGAUUGGUGGUGUCAAGGAUUUGGCCAGAGCCAUUGACUUGAACAAGGAGGUGUUUGACUUUUUGGCUACCGCCUGUGCCAAGUACAACUUGGGUUUCUGGAAGCCAGGUUCCGGUAUUAUUCACCAGAUUGUCUUGGAGAACUACGCUUUCCCAGGUGCUCUUUUGAUUGGUACUGACUCCCACACCCCUAACGCUGGUGGUUUGGGUCAAUUGGCCAUUGGUGUCGGUGGUGCCGAUGCCGUCGAUGUCAUGGCUGACUUGCCAUGGGAAUUGAAGGCUCCAAAGAUUAUUGGUGUUAAGUUGACCGGUAAGAUGUCUGGUUGGGCUACUCCAAAGGAUAUCAUCUUGAAGUUGGCUGGUAUCACUACCGUCAAGGGUGGUACCGGUUCUAUCGUUGAGUACUACGGUGAGGGUGUUGACACCUUCUCUUGUACCGGUAUGGGUACUAUCUGUAAUAUGGGUGCUGAAAUCGGUGCUACCACCUCUGUUUUCCCAUUCAACCAGUCCAUGGCUGACUACUUGAACGCUACCGGCAGAUCUUCUAUCGCCGACUUCGCCAAGCUCUACCAGAAGGACUUCUUGAAGGCUGACGAGGGUUGUGAGUACGACCAGGUUAUCGAGAUUGACUUGAACACCUUGGAGCCUCACGUUAACGGUCCAUUCACCCCAGAUUUGGCCACCCCAGUCUCCAAGAUGAAGGAGACCGCCAUUGCUAACGGCUGGCCAUUGGAGGUCAAGGUCGGUUUGAUUGGUUCUUGUACCAACUCCUCUUACGAGGACAUGACCAGAUCUGCUUCCAUCAUUAAGGAUGCUGCUGCUCACGGCUUGAAGUCUAAGUCUAUUUUCACCAUUUCCCCAGGUUCCGAGCAGGUCAGAGCCACCAUUGCCAGAGACGGUCAGUUGAAGACCUUCGAGGACUUCGGUGGUGUUGUCAUGGCUAACGCUUGUGGUCCAUGUAUCGGUCAAUGGGACAGACAGGACAUCCAGAAGGGUGACAAGAACACCAUUGUUUCUUCUUUCAACAGAAACUUUACCUCUAGAAACGAUGGUAACCCAGCCACUCACGCAUUUGUUGCCUCCCCAGACAUGGUUACCGCUUACGCCAUCUCUGGUGACUUGGGCUUCAACCCAAUCACUGAUACCUUGAAGGAUGCUGACGGAAACGAGUUCAAGUUGAAGGAGCCACAGGGUGUUGGUUUGCCACCAAACGGUUACGACCCAGGUGAGAACACUUACCAGGCCCCACCAAAGGACAGAGCUUCUGUUGAGGUCGUCAUUGCCCCAACCUCCGACAGAUUGCAACGUUUGACUCCUUUCCUGGCUUGGAACGGUAAGGACGCCGAGAGAUUGCCAAUCUUGAUCAAGGCCGUUGGUAAGACCACCACUGACCAUAUUUCUAUGGCCGGUCCAUGGUUGAAGUACCGUGGUCACUUGCAAAACAUUUCUAACAACUACAUGAUUGGUGCCACUAACGCUGAGAACGGUGAGGCCAACAACGUCAAGAACCACUACACUGGUGAGUGGGCUGGUGUUCCAGACACCGCCGCUGCUCUUAGAGACGCUGGCCACCCAUGGGUUGUCAUUGGUGACGAGAACUUCGGUGAAGGUUCUUCCAGAGAGCACGCUGCCUUGGAGCCAAGAUUCUUGGGUGGUUUCGCUAUCAUCACCAAGUCUUUCGCCCGUAUUCACGAGACUAACUUGAAGAAGCAAGGUUUGUUGCCAUUGAACUUCGUUGACGUCAAGGACUACGACAAGAUCCAGCCACAGGACGAGGUUGACAUCGAAGGUUUGACUACCCUCGCUCCAGGUAAGAACCUUACCUUGAGAGUUCACCCAGAGGACGGUAGCCCUGCCUGGGAAACCGAGUUGUCUCACACAUACAACAGCGAGCAGAUCGAAUGGUUCAAGUACGGUUCCGCCUUGAACAAGAUGGCCGCCGUUGCCGCUGGCAAAUAA